CCAUGUCUUUGCAAUGACAACUCAUGAAAAACCUCCAUGGUUUGCUUGUCUCAGUCUGCUCUGCUGUGCCAUGGGGUCUGGUUCUCGUUUAUACUACGAGAAAAAAAGCUUUAUUUUUAAUAAGAAAAAGCUUGCUUCUUGCUUGAUAACAGUAUAAUAAUGGGGUGUUGCUAAAAUGAACCAUCUAACGCUUGGGAUACUUCUCUUGCUCUUGGGUUUCGAGCUCGACACCUCCAACUUUAUCUCUUUAAUGCCUUUGUAAAAGCAUAUAGAUAUCCAAGAAUACACUUGGAAAAGACUUGAGAGAGUUACGUCGUUUUUUGUUCUUUUCUUUUAUUGAAUCCUUUUUAGUUUUUUGUUUUCAUACGGAACUGAUAAUCUUUCCUCUGAUGAUGUUUUCGAAACCAAAUCAACGCUUGGUGUAAUGGGUACUCGUUCCUUUUCCUAGAAAAAAAAGAAGAAAAGAAAAGAAAAGAAAGAUGGUGCUGGUUCUGUAGUUGUUCUAUUUAAUAUUUGCAGCGGUAAGAAAAUAAGAAGGAAGAACAUUGGUCUUCCCUCUGUCUACCUGCCUGUCUCUGCCAGUUUCCAUCUUUGUUCGUUUCCGAGCUAUGGAAAGUUUGAAGAUGGGUGCUUUUUUGUUAUGUUUUUCCUUUUUCUACGAGGCCUGUAAACCAGGAAGAACUGGAGCUUAAACAGUGUAAGAAUAGCAGAGUCAUGAUAUGGCGUGAAAGCUUUGUUCUUUGGGUUAAUCAGUGAAGACAAUCACACAAAUUUGGAGAGAUCUGCUUUCAGCUUUUUGCGUAUAACUACGAUGAAUUGAGACUUUAUCUGGGCUUUGCUCAUUUUAUUAUGCUUUGAAGUUAAACUUGGAGCGUAUUCUUUUGACUAUACUGAAGAAAUGGGUUGUGUAGCAUCAAAGAUUCAUAAGGAAGAGAGGGUGCAAAUUUGCAGGGAGAGAAAGAGGCUAAUGAAACAAUUGGUAGUGUUCCGAGGAGAAUUCACAGAUGCCCAGUUGGCUUAUUUGAGAGCACUGAAGAAUACUGGUGUAACACUUAGGCAAUUCACUGAAUCAGAAUCUUUAGAGCUUGAAAAUACCUCUAAUGGCAAGGCAUUGCCUUCUUCCCCUCCUCUUCCUCUGCCUCCUUCCCCUCCACCUCCUCCUCCUUUUAGCCCUGAUUUAAGAGGGUCCAUUGAUAAUCAGAAAGAAGAAAUUGAUCAAGAAGAAGGUAUAAAAAUUGAUGAGGAUGAUUGCUAUACCCAAUCACAUCCAAUUUGUAGUUUCUCAUGGAAUCUUUUGGAAUCAGAAUCCAUUGAGCAGCCUUCCCCACAACAUUGGGAGAAAAACAAAAUAGUAGAACCAGCAGUAGAUGAGGAAAAUUGGGCAGAGGCUAAGGCAGAAUUUGAGGAAGAAGAUUGGGAAGAUGAGAAUGCUGGGAAUGUUCAUUCUAAUUUACUUCCCCAGAUGCAGCAGCGACAGCAGCCUGUUAAAUUGAUUGAUGAUGACUCAUCGAUGGUGAGCUGUUGUAGUAAAGAUACUACAGACGUGGCUAUGGUAAAGUGGAGAAGCAAGAUGACCUUGGAGGGUAUUGUUAAGGAGUUAGAUGAUUAUUUCCUUAAAGCAUCAGCUGGUGGAAAGGAAAUAGCUGUUCUCAUGGACAUUUUCAAAGGACACACCUCUCUAUCUCAGAAUUCCAAGGAAAACAAAAGGAAAAGGAGUAAUUCUGUCAAGGUAUUCAGUGCAUUGUCAUGGAGUUGGUCUUCUAAGUCACUUCAGUUUGCAAAGGAUGCUACUGAGGUUUAUAAUCCCAGUGAACCAUGCAAGCCUGGAGCUCAUUGCAUCACACUGGACAAACUAUAUGCUGCAGAACGGAAACUGUACAAGGAAAUGAUAGAAGAAGAAAUGGCCAAAAUAGAGCAUGAGAAAAAAUCUGUGAUACUCCUAAAACAAGAAGAAGAAAACCAUGACUGGACCAAGACUGAAAAAACUCGACUGAGUGUUGAGGGUUUGGAGACUGAUAUCAGACGCCUGCAGCAUUCAAUAAGUAAUACUCGUUCUACUAUAUUGGAGCUCAUUGAUGUGGAGCUGUAUCCUCAACUUGUCACAAUAACUUCUGGGCUGAAAAAAAUGUGGAGAACUAUGUAUGAGUGCCAUCAAUUUCAGAACGAUAUCUCUCUGCAGUUGAAUCAUCUCACUGAUAGUCAAGGUGUAGACUUGACUACUGACUAUCAUCACCAGGCCACCUCUCAGCUUGAAACUGAGGUCACUUCCUGGUACCUCAGCUUCUGCAAACUUGUAAAAUAUCAACAGGGGUAUGUAAGAACACUCUGUAGGUGGAUCAAGCUAACUGACUGCCUUGUAGAUGACAAUCAGCAUAGUAGGUCCUUGUCUGCAGUUCGUAGUCUGUGUGAAGAGUGGCAGCUUCUUGUUGAUAGGUUGCCUGAUAAGAUAGCCUCAGAGGCCAUUAAAAGCCUUUUGGAUGCCAUCCAAAUGAUAAUGCUGCAGCAGGGGGUGGAACACAACCUACAUAAAAAAUCUGAUAAGCUGGAGAAAAGAUUUCAUAAGGAGUUAUUUUCACUUGCUGAAAUGGAGAAAAAGGUUCAUUGGAGUUUGGCUGAUGAAGAUAUGCAAUCUGAUUUGAGCCCUAAACAUCCCUUGUCGAUUAAGCGUGCCAAAACAGAAGCUUUAAAGAAACGGGUGGAUUCUGAGAAGACUAAAUAUUUGAACUCAAUCCAGGUUACCAAAGUUAUGACCCUAAACAAACUGCAAACAGGCCUCCCCUGUGUAUUCCAGGCAUUAAUGGGAUUUUCAGGGGCUUCUGCUCAGGCCUUUGAGGCUGUUCACGGCCAUGGCAGACCAGUAGUUGAUUGCAAUGCAUCAGAAAGUUCAACGAACUAAAGUUGUUAGAAAUGGUGAGAUGAAGUGGGAACUAGUUACGCACUUACAAGAGCCAUUUGGUCAAUGUAUAGGCCCCAAGUGCAAGUUCUUUGACAUUCAAGAAUGCAUAUCAAACUGCAACAAAAUGUAAAUUUUGUUUAGAGUUAGAUGUUACUGUUUUUAUCAAUUACCCUGGACAGAGAUUCAGUUGACGGUGUAAUGUCAAUGUAAUGAAGUCCUACACUUGAGCGGCGCAUAUUCCUUAAAACUGCAUUCACAUGCCUCUCUGCACUAUUCUUGAUUAAAGAAUUCUCGCAAGUUGGUCUA